AUGACAUCCCAAACAUUGCCCGGAUCACCCUUCACAAAGGGAGCAAAGGCCACACCUCAGCAUGGCAAAGCCUUCAAAAGCAGCAGCGACGUGAUCGGGGGCGAGCAGAGGCAGCAAGUAAUGCCAGGUAAACGACGUGCCUCUGGAUCUAGUGGAUCCCCAAUUCCACAGGAAGGAAAUGAUAUGAAUGCACAGCUUGGUGGCAUCGCUGCUAGCCCCGCGCAAAGCGCAAGCGGCAGUGUCCCAAUUGGGAAGACUGCCAUGAAUGAGCCUCGUCGAGAUGCUCAGGGGAAUGUGGAGCAGUUCAAACCUUCUGGAGGGCAAGCCAGAGAGGAGCUACAUAAAACCGCUUCCUCGGCUCCUGGUGACCUUCCUACGAGUCUCUCUGCCUUGGAGGGGCUACAGGUUAGCGAUGGAGGACAUAUCCUGGAUCAGAAUGGGCAAACCGUUGGUCAGGUCGUCGAAGGGGAUCCUGAAGACCUGGUCGGUAUGACUAUUGGAUCCGAUGGUGAGAUAUUAGAUGAAGAUGGAGAUCUCGUCGGCCGUGUCGAUCUUUUGAGUAAGCCUGGAGACGCAGUUGAGGAAAAGGCGGCAGAUGCUGGUGAAGCACCCAGCCUCGGAGCCGCUAGAGUCAACAUUAGCUUCAAGAUUGGUGAAGAUGGACGCGUUAUGAAUGAUGAUGAACAGCCUGUGGCCAAGGUCGUUGACGGUGAUCCCAGGCAGUUAGUUGGCAAAACUCCGAACGAGCAAGGCCAGAUAUAUGACGAGAAAGGCGAGCUCCUGGGCCGCGUGGAACCUCUUUCCACAGAGGAGGCUACUGGAGCAAUAGACGAAAAGUUGGAAGGUACCAAGGAGCAGGCUGGCGAUACCGCUCACAUGGCAGAUGAUACAGCUGCCGAGGGCGAAGCCGCAAUAGACGAAAAGUUGGAAGGCACCAAGGAGCAGGCUGGCGAUACCGCUCACAUGGCAGAUGAAACAGCUGCUGAGGGCGAAGCCGCUAUAGACAAAGCUGGUGCCACCGCUACCGAGGAGCUGCCUGAUGUCUCCACUCUCGAAGGACUGACGUGCAACAAAUUUGGUAACAUUGUCAAUGCUGACGGCGUUCCCGUCGGUGAACUUAUUGAGGGUGACCCUAGGAUCCUCUGCCGCGGUGGCUUCCAGCUCGAUGAUCAGGGCCAAUUCUGGAAUAACCGGGGCAAGGUUAUUGGCAAAGCCCGACCAGUGCCUGUCGAAGAAAGCCCACCAGGCCCGUUUGCUGAUUUGGAUGACCUCUUUGUCGUGGAGGACGGCUGGGUUCAGGACGCAAAUGGAAGGCGGGUAGGCAAGAUCGUUGAUGGCGACCCAAAGAAGCUCAUCGGCCGAGCAGUAGACGACGAUGGCGAUGUGGUCGAUAAGCGUGGCAAUCUUUUGGGUCAUGCAGAGCCCUGGGAGGAACCAGAUGAGCCUGAGCCUGAGAAGCCUGACCUCUCUAUGCUAGAAGGAUAUAGAAGCAACAAGUACGGGAAUAUCAUGGGCUCUUCCGGUGUUCCCAUUGCUCGUGUUGUCGAGGGAGACUUGAAAGCAGUCGCUGGAAGACCUGUAGACCGCGAGGGAAAUAUUUGGGGUGAUACCGGCGAGGUUAUCGGACGGGUCGAGAUCAUCCCUGAAAAUGAGCGUGAAACCCGAGGACCCUUCAGCGGGUUUCGCGAUCUGCAAGUCAAUCAGGACGGGUUCAUCGAUGAUGCCGAUUCGGUGAUCGUUGGCAGGGUCAAAGAUGGCGAUCUCAGUAACCUACGUGGUCUAACUGUUGAUGAGCAAGGGAAUAUUAUCGACGAAUAUGGAGAUGUGAAAGGUCAUGCUGAACGAUAUGACCCGCCGGAGGAACAAGUGGAAGAGGAGGACCUCUCUUCUUUGGAAGGUAAAACUGUUAAUAAACUUGGGAACAUUGUGGAUACGCAUGGAACUGUCUUCGGGCGGGUUGCGUCUGGCUAUAUCAAGCAUUUGGCUGGCAAGAAGGUCGAUGCACGAGGCCAGAUUUGGAGUGACAGUGGUAAGGUCAUAGGGCAGGCUGAACUGAUUCCAGAUAAUGAACAAGAGCGGCCAGAAGGACCCUUUUUCGGGUUGGAGGGCCUUGUUUUGACGAAGGAUGGCAUGGUCAUUGAUCCCGAGCAAAAGAUUGUUGGUCGGUUAGUCGAGGGUGACCCGCAACGACUUGCAGGUCGAGCGGUCGAUGAGGAUGGAGAACUGCUCGAUAAGGCUGGAAAUGUCAUCGGCCGGGCAGAGCCAUGGACCCCAGAAGAGAAGCAGCGCGAUGUGAACCCUAUGGCAGGGCAUAAGGUUAACCGCGAGGGUGAAGUGCGCGAUGGGGAUGGUAACUUGAUUGGCAAGCUUACCGAUGGGAAUCUCCAACAGCUCAUUGGUAAAGAGAUUGAUGACAAUGGGUACGUAGUAGAUAAUGAUGGGAACAAGAUUGGUGAAUGCACCCUGCUCGAAAACUUACCAGAGGAGGAGGAGCCGGAGCAGGAGCCUGAGCUGUCUCCUGAGGAACUGGAAAAACAGGAGAAAGAAAAGCAGGACCGGGAUUUAGCAAAGAGGAUGUGUGCAAUCCUUCAGCAGACGCUCGACAGUGUCCAACCGAUCUGUAAGCAGAUAAUGCAGAACAUAGAGAAGGCCAACCAAACGCCUAAAGAUGAGCUCGACGAGGAAGAGUUGGUCAAGACGGUGAAGCCCUUGAUUGAAGAAGCUGCGUCCAUGCUUCAGGAGUGUAAAGGUGCUCUACGGGCCUUGGACCCCACAGGGGAAGUUGCUGCGACGGCAAAAGCUCGCGACGCGGCUCAUGAAGCUACGCCGGAGCAAUACUCCCUAGCAAACCUGCUCAAGGAACUCACCCAAACUGUUGUUGAGACCAUUGACCAGGGACGCCGACUCAUCGCCGAUAUGCCCCAUGCCAAAAAGCAACUCAACCCUUUGUGGGCCCUUCUAUCGGAGCCCCUUUUUCAGAUCAUUGCCGCGGUUGGUCUUCUUCUUACUGGUGUAUUGGGUCUGGUUAGCAAUCUUCUGGACGGUCUCGGCCUUGGCGGACUUGUUCGAGGGCUGUUAGGGAGUCUUGGGAUUGACAAGGUGUUGGAGGGCUUUGGCUUGGGCACUUUAACUGAUGCUCUGGGCCUGGGAGGAAGUAAAUAA